AUGCCACCAAAAAGAAAAGCACCCCUCGCGGCCGCAGACGCCAACGCUCUUGCCCCCCCCCCAGCUGCAAAGAAAACAAUGACGGGAAAAAAGAUGGCUCAAGCUGGCGCAUCUGCACCAGCAGCUGCGCCGAAGAAGUACAAAUACUCGGACCCAAGUUCUCUUCCAAAUCGAGAUCCCGUUGAGAUUGGAUUCAUCAUGUGGGAACCACGCGAGGAGGACGACGAGGACGAUACAGACGAGGGCGAGGAAGAAGAGGAAGUCAUAUCUGGAUCACUGCAGGAUAUUCUAGAUGGGCUAGAGAAUGAGAGGACAAAGGCGUCGAACGAAGCUCUUAACCCUCCUCAUGAGGUUGCUCAGGGCGCUCGUCUUCUUUCCAGUGGGGAAAUACGAAGCCGAGUAGACGAGGCAUCGGCUCCAUACAGGGAGAAAAUGGACGAAGCUAGACAGAAGUUUGUGACUGCUGGAACGAUGACAGCAGAAGAGGCGAAAUUGAUUGUGGGGUAUAAUGAUGAAAUGAAGAAAGAACGAAGGAAGGCUAAAAAGGAUUUGCAAAAUGGCCUGAAUGGGGUGCAGAAGGAGAAGAACAAGGCGAUACAUCUGGCCCUGGAUCAUGACGCCGCAGAUACCCUGACAGUUGAAGAGGAACAACGCAGAAUCACAGAGGCGUCAAAACCAUUUGAGGAGAAGAUGGACAAGAUCAGAGGUGUGUUUGAGCAGCACAGAAGGCUGACAGCAGCAGAGACGAAGGCAAUUGUGCCGAACAUAGGGGAUGAUGCUGGGGACGAUGGCAAGAAUGGUGACGGAAAGACGGACAAGGACGCAGAGAAGGAAGCCUUUGUCCCCCCGAGAGUCGCUACUGAUAAGGGCUUCCCAAUCACUAAAGCCGGAAUUGAGAGAUUUUAUGAGAUUAAUGAGGAGGUGAAUAAACGUGAUCCGGAUAUGCAUAAUAUGUAUAUCUAUAAUGACUUCUCCGGCUAUGGGGUUAUAGAAGUAUUGGAGAAUAUGCUUGCCGAGUUCAACAAGCUCAUUUUCAAGAAAGACGUCUCCCCGUUCAAGAAAUGGGCCCUGGUCGAAGGGCUCGCAACCUACCUAGGAAUGUGCGACCACAUGACCUUGAUGAUGAACGAGAAUUCCGAAGGCAUGCACGAAAUAUUUGAUAUGAUGGGUGUAAUAUUCAUCACGGCCCUCGAAAUGCUUCACGAAUCCGCCCUUAUCGGUUCCACGUCCCCACUCCCAGAUAACGUAGGGGUAAUGACGUUAUUCUUCCUCGACUUCAUGAUGAACACCGCCGCCGAUCUCGAUAUCGAAUGGGUCCAUGAAAUUGUUCGGUCUGCAGAUAUGUAUUGUGUAGUACUUGAUCCGUUGUUGGAACGGAUUGAGGAUGUUGACCAGGAUGCUUUGGAUGAUUUGAGAGAGAGAUGUGAGGAGAAGCGGGGGAGGGGAUUCGCUUGGAAGACUGAGUAUCCAAAGUUUAAGAGGGAGCACCCCGGCGGCGAUCAAUAUGACAUCACCAAGAUUCCGAAGAUGCAGAAAGCGCGGCAUACGUUUGGUACCAAGGAGAAUGAUGCACUGAUGAGGCGGAUCAUGGGCGAAGAUUCAGGUGAAGAUGAAGAUUCAGAUGAGAUGGGGGAGUGGGAAGAUAUGGAGGAUUCGGAUCAAGACUAA